AUGUGUAUGCCUUUGCAAUGCUCUAUUGGUGAUAAUGAGAUUAAUAACAAUACUGCUUUCAGUAUUGGCGAUAUUGACAUUAAGAGUUCUACAAGACAAGGACAGAGUUAUGCAAGACAAGGACAGAGUUAUGCAAGACAAGGACAGAGCUCUACAAGACAAGGACAGAGUUAUGCAAGACAAGGACAGAGUUAUGCAAGACAAGGACAGAGUUAUGCAAGACAAGGACAGAGUUCUACAAGACAAGGACAGAGUUAUGCAAGACAAGGACAGAGUUAUGCAAGACAAGGACAGAGUUAUGCAAGACAAGGACAGAGCUCUACAAGACAAGGACAGAGUUCUACAAGACAAGGACAGAGUUAUGCAAGACAAGGACAGAGUUAUACAAGACAAGGACAGAGCUCUACAAGACAAGGACAGAGUUAUGCAAGACAAGGACAGAGUUAUGCAAGACAAGGACAGAGCUCUACAAGACAAGGACAGAGUUAUGCAAGACAAGGACAGAGCUCUACAAGACAAGGACAGAGCUCUACAAGACAAGGACAGAGUUAUGCAAGACAAGGACAGAGCUCUACAAGACAAGGACAGAGUUAUGCAAGACAAGGACAGAGCUCUACAAGACAAGGACAGAGUUAUGCAAGACAAGGACAGAGCUCUACAAGACAAGGACAGAGUUAUGCAAGACAAGGACAGAGUUAUGCAAGACAAGGACAGAGCUCUACAAGACAAGGACAGAGUUCUACAAGACAAGGACAGAGUUAUGCAAGACAAGGACAGAGUUAUGCAAGACAAGGACAGAGCUCUACAAGACAAGGACAGAGUUAUGCAAGACAAGGACAGAGCUCUACAAGACAAGGACAGAGCUCUACAAGACAAGGACAGAGUUAUGCAAGACAAGGACAGAGUUCUACAAGACAAGGACAGAGCUCUACAAGACAAGGACAGAGUUAUGCAAGACAAGGACAGAGCUCUACAAGACAAGGACAGAGUUAUGCAAGACAAGGACAGAGCUCUACAAGACAAGGACAGAGUUAUGCAAGACAAGGACAGAGUUAUGCAAGACAAGGACAGAGUUAUGCAAGACAAGGACAGAUAUAACAAAACAAGGGCAGUUAUACACAACAAAAACAAAAGAUAAAAACAGAGUU